AUGUCUGUGUAUAUUGUAUCAGCUGCUAGAACCCCAAUUGGAGCCUUCCAAGGAUCUCUCUCUUCUGUUGGCUAUGUUGACUUGGGUGCCACUGCCGUUAAGGGUGCCUUAGCAAAAGUUCCAGAAAUAGACGUGUCAACUGUCGAUGAAGUCUUUUUUGGUGGUGUCUUACAAGCCAAUGUGGGUCAAGCUCCAGGUAGACAAGUUGCUUUGAAAGCAGGAUUACCUGAUUCUGUUGUUGUUACUACUGUUAAUAAGGUUUGUGCUUCAGGUAUGAAGGCUAUCAUUUUAGGCGCUCAAACUAUUUUAUGUGGGAAUGCUGAUAUUGUUGUUGCUGGUGGUGCUGAAGCUAUGUCCAAUACUCCUUACUAUUUACCAAGUGCUAGAUCAGGUGCUCGUUACGGUGAUUCUACCUUGGUUGAUGGUAUCCAAAAGGAUGGGUUAUUAGAUGCUUACGAUCAAGUAUUGAUGGGUAAUGCUGCUGAAAAGUGUGCCGCUGAUCAUUCCAUCUCUAGAGAAGAUCAAGAUAACUUUGCUGUUGAUUCAUAUAAAAAGGCUCAAGCUGCUCAAGCCAAUGGUAAGGUUAAUUGGGAAAUCGUUCCUGUUACCAUUAAAGGUGCUAGAGGUAAGCCUGAUGUGGAAGUAUCUGUUGAUGAUGAACCAAAGAGAUUGGAUGAAGCUAGAUUAAGAUCUGCAAGAACAGUUUUCCAAAAGGAAAAUGGUACUGUCACUGCACCUAAUGCUUCUAAAUUAAAUGACGGUGGUGCUGCUGUUAUUCUUGUUUCUGAAUCUAAAUUGAAGGAAUUAGGUUUAAAACCAUUGGCAAAGAUUUCCGGUUGGGGUGAAGCUGCUAGAAAACCAAUUGAUUUCACAAUUGCUCCAUCUUUGGCUGUUCCAAAGGCUUUGAAGCAUGCCAAGUUAAAUGCUUCAGAUAUUGACUUUUUUGAAUUCAAUGAAGCUUUCUCUGUUGUUGGAUUAGCUAACGCUCAAAUUUUGGACCUCCCACAAUCUAAGAUUAAUGUCUAUGGUGGUGCCGUUGCUUUGGGCCAUCCCUUGGGUUGUUCUGGUGCUAGAGUUGUUGUCACCUUAUUGAAUGUCUUAACUACUGAAGGUGGUAAGUAUGGAUGUGCUGCUAUUUGUAACGGUGGUGGUGGUGCUUCAUCCAUUAUCAUAGAAAAACUUGAUAGUGACUUCAAGUUGUAA